AGCUUUAAAUAGACUCUUGCCCAAUGCAUGACUAACUUCGUUGUCACACUGACAAUACAACACUUCAACGUUGUGUUAGCAAGCACGACAACCAGUAUCUGGGCGAGAACUCCGAUCCAACUGCAGAGGACAACAUGGCUGUCGCACCAGAUUCUAGGAAUCAACUCUUUUUGUCUAAGGAAACUCGACUGAUUCUCAUCGGCAAAACAGGAUCAGGUAAAAGUUCCACGGGGAAUACUAUCAUCGGACAACCAGCUUUCAAAGUAGGGUGUUCAGCCUCUUCGGUAACAAAAUCAUGCAAACACGCCAUGUUUGAGAGAUUCGGGAGGGAUACUUUACUGCUUGAUACUCCUGGCUUCUUUGGUACUGGAGCAAGUCAGAGAAGUAUAGAAGAAGAACUAAAGAAGAGUGUCAUCCUCACCUCUCCUGGAGUGCACGCCAUUCUGUUUGUGAUUGGUGUGGGGAGGUUCACUGAAGAAGAAGUAACGUCUGUGCGAAGAUUUCUGACGUUUUUUGGCUCUGAAUCAAAGCGUCACGUGAUCGUCAUAUUCACUAGGAAAGAUGAGCUUGAGAAGUCUGAGAAGAGUCUGAAAUACUUCAUUGACUCCAACAAGAAGCUGAAGACUUUCAUCAAUGAAACUGGGAGGAAUUACAUUGCAGUUAACAACGACUCGACUGUGGACAAUGAAGAGUUUGUGCAGAAGUUACUGGAGCUGGUAGACACACUUGUAAGGCAGAAUAGAGGUCACUUCACAAAUAAGAUGUAUCAGGAAGCUGAGAGUCAAAUGAAGAAGAUUGAGGGGAAAAAGCUGGACAAACUGAUUGUAGAAAACCAAACAUCUGAUCAGAAUAUUAUUGAUGAUGGUGUUCGGGAAUACAGUCGGACACUUUCUGGCUACUCAGAGUCCCAAAAGGAACUUCUGCUGUCAAAGAAACGCAAAUCUCUCCAGGAUGAAUGUCGCAAGAUCCAUGAAAGGGAAGCCAGAAGAAAUGCCAGGGAUAAUUUUGACAGUUCUGACAACAGGUGGAAAAUAUUGGCAGGGGUAGUUGCAGUUGCUGGAGGGGUAGCUUUGGGUGUUGUCAUAGGCCCUCAGGGGAUGCUGGCUGGACUAGCCGUAUUUCUUGGUUUAAAAUAAUACAGCUAAUCCGGUGGGAACCAUUCUUCAAAUGUAUCUAUUGUUUUCAUGGGAACCAUGCUUCAAAUGUAUCUAUCAUCUUGACGGAACCAUGCUUCGAAUGUAUCUAUCAUCUUGAUGGACCAUGUUUCAUAUGUAUCUAUCAUCUUAAUUGAACCAUGCUUCAUAUGUAUCUAUCCUCUUGCCGGGAACCAUUCUUCAAAUGAAUCUAUUGUUUUGAUGGGAACCAUGCUUCAAAAGUAUCUAUCAUCUUGAUGGAACCAUGCUUCAUAUGUAUCUAUCAUCUUGAUGGGAACCAUGCUUCAAAUAUAUCUAUUGUUUUGAUGGGAACACUGCUUCCAACGUAUCUAUCAUCUUGCCGGGAACCAUUCUUCAAAUGUAUCUAUCAUUUUGAUGGGAACCAUGCUUCAAAAGUAUCUAUCAUCUUGACGAAAACCAUGCUUCAAAUGUAUCUAUCAUCUUGACAGAACCAUGCUUCAAAUGUAUCUAUCAUCUUGAUGGACCAUGCUUCAAAUGUAUCUAUCAUCUUAAUUGAACCAUGCUUAAUAUGUAUCUAUGAUCUUGCCGGGAACCAUGCUUCAAAUGUAUCUAUUGUUUUGAUGGGAACCAUGCUUCAAAAGUAUCUAUCAUCUUGAUGGAACCAUGCUUCAUGUGUAUCUAUCAUCUUGAUGGACCAUGCUUCAAAUGUAUCUAUCAUCUUAAUUGAACCAUGCUUCAUAUGUAUCUAUCAUCUUGACGGAACCAUGCUUCAAAUAUAUCUAUCAUCUUGAUGGGAACCAUGCUUCAUAUGUAUCUAUCAUCUUGCCGGGAACCAUGCUUCAAAUGUAUCUAUUGUUUUGAUGGGAACCAUGCUUCAAAUAUAUCUAUCAUCUUGACGGAACCAUGCUUCAAAUGUAUCUAUCAUCUUGAUGGGAACCAUGCUUCAUAUGUAUGUAUCAUCUUGCCGGGAACCAUGCUUCAUAUGUAUCUAUCAUCUUGCCGGGAACCAUGCUUCAUAUGUAUCUAUCAUCUUGCCGGGAACCAUGCUUCAUAUGUAUCUAUCAUCUUGCCGGGAACCAUGCUUCAAAUGUAUCUAUUGUUUUGAUGGGAACCAUGCUUCAAAUGUAUCUAUCAUCUUGACGGAACCAUGCUUCAUAUGUAUCUAUCAUCUUGAUUGAACCAUGCUUCAUAUGUAUCUAUCAUCUUGCCGGGAACCAUGCUUCAAAUGUAUCUAUCAUCUUGAUUGAACCAUGCUUCAUAUGUAUCUAUCAUCUUGCCGGGAACCAUGCUUCAUAUGUAUCUAUCAUCUUAAUUGAACCAUGCUUCAUAUGUAUCUAUCAUCUUGCCGGGAACCAUUCUUCAAAUGUAUCUAUUGUUUUGAUUCGAACCAUGCUUCAAAUGUAUCUAUCAUCUUGAUGGGAACUAUGCUUCAUAUGUAUCUAUCAUCUUGAUGGAACCAUGCUUCAAAUGUAUCUAUCAUCUUGAUGGGAACCAUGCUUCAUAUGUAUCUAUCAUCUUGCCGGGAACCAUUCUUCAAAUGUAUCUAUUGUUUUGAUUCGAACCAUGCUUCAAAUGUAUCUAUUAUCUUGAUGGGAACCAUGCUUCAUAUGUAUCUAUCAUCUUGAUGGAACCAUGCUUCAAAUAUAUCUAUCAUUUUGACGGGAACUAUGCUUCAAAUGUAUCUAUUAUCUUGAUGGGAACUAUGCUUCAAAUGUAUCUAUUAUCUUGAUGGGAACCAUGCUUCAAAUGUAUCUAUCAUCUUGAUGGAACCAUGCUUCAAAUGUAUCUAUCAUUUUGACGGGAACUAUGCUUCAAAUGUAUCUAUUAUCUUGAUGGGAACUAUGCUUCAAAUGUAUCUAUUAUCUUGAUGGGAACGAUGCUUCAAAUGUAUCUGUCAUGUUGAUGAGAACAAUGCUUCAAAUGCAUCUAUCAUCUUGAUGGGAACACCGUUAAUGGUUAACAAUCAUUGAAGAAAUGAUCGAUUGCCUGACAACUAUCCCAGACCUUAUUGUGCCACAUAUUUCCUUUAUGUAACAGUGAGUGAGUUUAGUUUUAUGCCGCUAUUAGCAAUAUUCCAGCAAUAGACCAUUCUUAGAAU